UGCUGCUCAGAUUCCUGUCCUAAACAAGUAACGGAACCGGGGUAGUGCCGGCUGGUUGCCAGAAAGUUUUGUCGAAAGCCGUUAAGAUAACUCUAAAGGGUUUUUCAUGAUAAAAUAGAUGCUUGUUUGAUUUAAAUGUUGUAAAAGCAGUCAUUAACUUGUUGAUUAAACUUUAUUUCACUGUGCGUCAUGAUUUCCAAACACAGGCCGCCGCCGAGUGACAGAGGAAAAGUUGUCCGGUACCGUCGUUGAAACUAACUGGAUUUGAAUGGAGACGGAGUAACACUUUUAAAUGCGGAGAUGAAUUUCGGUGUCCCCGCAAAUUCGCUGUUGCUUUUUCGUGCCUGCGACGAGGGGGACUAUGAAACCGCUCGGGGUAUCCUGGAACCCGGUGCCCCGAAAGAGUCCGGGCGGCAGAGCAGGCUGCGGUCAGAAGCUGGGUCGGAGUGCAACGCCGCGGACAUGUUGUCGUUGGUACCGGUGGACUGUACGGACGAGGAGGGGAACACCGCCCUGCAGUUUGCGUCGGCCAGCGGUCAUGAGAACCUGGUCCGGUUCUUGUUACGAAAGGGAGCCUCGGUGGACAGCCGCAACAACUACGGCUGGACCCCGCUGAUGCAGGCUGCUAGGUUUGGUCACCUGACAGUUGCCCACAUCUUGUUGGAGAACGGAGCAGAAAUUAACGGACGAAACAGACUUGGUGCGAGUGUCCUGACUAUGGCAGCCCGUGGGGGACACACUCAUGUGGUCAAGCUACUCCUGGAGAGCGGGGCCUACGUCGAUGACUAUGAUCACCUAGCUGUUGCUGCGGAGGCAGUCUCAAACGGCAACAACAACAACAGCUGCAGCACGGCUGGUUUUGGAGGUGGUGAAGGCUGUCCAGGAGGAGGCGGUGGAGGCAGAGAAUUCAUGGACAUCACAGCCCUGAUGGUGGCAUCUCAGCAUGGCCAUGAGGCUGCAGUGCGCCUCCUGCUAGAGUGGGGUUCUGAUGUGAACUUUUCCCAGAAGACCACUGGCUGGGGACCCUUGAUGGUAGCCACCCUCAGUGGAAAGGUGGCUGUGGGUCAGCAGCUGGUGGAGCGUGGAGCUGACCCAGACCGAGUCAAUGUCCUGUCCAAGACGGCCUUUGAACUAGCCAUGCAGCUUAAACAGAGGGACAUCAAGGCCUAUCUGGACUCCAUCACCACUGUCCGACCUCAGACAGAUGAUGAGAGAAGAAGACCUGAUGUGUUCAGUGCCCUCAAGCUGGGAAAUGCUCAGCUAGUCAAAGAGAUCCUGGAGGAGGAUCCCAGUCAGGUGAAUUCAUCCAAUCAGGAGGGAGCAUCACCGCUCAUGAUGGCUGCAGUCAGUGGUCAGUUGGAAGUGGUGCAGCUGAUGGUAGAGAAGAAUGCCGACAUAGACAAACAAGAUGGCGUCCAUGGGUGGACUGCUUUAAUGCAGGCCACCUAUCAUGGGAAUAAAGACAUUGUCAAGUACCUGUUGAGUCAAGGGGCUGAUGUCAACCUUCGAGCCAAGAAUGGAUACACAGCCUUUGAUUUGGUCAUGCUGCUGAAUGACCCAGACACUGAGCUGGUGCGCCUCUUAGCAUCAGUGUGUAUGCAAGUACACAAGGAGAAGUCGAAGCUCCCUGGCAGAGCCUUAAUGACUCGCUCCAAAAGCCGACAGUCUCUCAGCAAUGUUCCUGUGCCACCUGAUGACAAGGGAGGCCUUAAGUCCUGGUGGAGUCGAAUGUCAAAUCGGUUCCGACGGCUCAAGUUGACCCACACCUUGAGGCACGGCCUUUCGUCCAACCGCCUGGCUCCAUUCUCAGACGAUGCUGAAGCGUCACUGGAUGCCACAAUGAAGGUGAAUAGGAAGCCUGCUGCUGUGUCUAAUGGGACGCUGGCACCAAGUCCUGCCGUGGGAGGGAAUGACAUCAGCGCUGCCUGGGCCGUCAAGAGCAAAGAUGCUGGUCUUUGCAGGGCAUCCUCAGAAAAGGAGGACUUACUUAUGACUACUAUGCUGAGAAAUGGUGCGCCCUCUACCCGGCUGCCCAACGACAAGCUAAAAGCAGUGAUCCCUCCCUUCCUGCCUCCGUCCAACUUUGAGCCGUGGAAUUCGGACCGUUCGCGUCUCCUCAGGGAGGGAAAGACCGAAGCGCCCCGUCUGCCCAUGCCACCCCAGAGGAAGCUGAACAGCAGUGGAAACUCAGAUAUUACGUCUAUCAGUCGUGUGGUUAGCAGGUCCAUUAAGUUUCCCAGCAUUCCCAAGGGGCCAUCCUCCUCGUCUCCUUCAAACUCUGGUCACUACCACUCCCCCCACUCCUCAGGAGGCUCCAAUGGCGUGGCAGGGAUCAACAGGGACUCCCACAACCGUUCAGGUGGCAGUGCAGACAGCGUUCUCUCCCAGAUAGCAGCCCAAAGGAAGCGAGCGGCAGGCCUAAUGGACGUGAAGGCCCACACUCCGGAGAAACAGCACAGCCAGACGCAGAGCCAACCCUCAGUGCCAUCCUCAGGCCCCGGCCUGCCGCUGCCCGACAUAAGCCUUCCUGACAUCCACUCCCAUCCCAGCCUGGUUUCUUCUGACAUCCACUCGAGAAGGAAGAUGGAGCUGAAGAAGAGACCUCAGUCUGGGAAUUCCUCCACCUCCAAGAGCACAUCGCCCACUCUGACUCCGUCUCCUUCCCCAACCCCUAAGCCUCCUACUGGGCCAGGGGACUCUCUGUCCUCGGCCUCUUCCCAUCCUCGCUCCAAGAGCAGUGGUGGCUCCAGCAGUGGCACCAUAACUGAUGAAGAUGAGCUGUCUAGUAUAUUGAAAAAACUGUCCCUUGAGAAAUACCAGCCCAUAUUUGAGGAACAGGAGGUGGACAUGGAGGCGUUCCUGACUCUAACAGAUGGAGACCUGAAGGAGCUGGGCAUUAAAACAGAUGGACCCAGACAACAGAUCUUGGCUGCCAUAUCAGAGCUCAAUGCUGGAAAGGGCCGAGAAAGGCAGAUCCUUCAAGAGACCAUCCACAACUUCCAGUCUUCUUUUGGCAGCAGUGCCAGUAACCCAAGACAAGCAGGUGAAGCUCGCUCACCAACGAGUUGGAUGAGACACCAGGUUCGUUCCUCUAACAAAAGAUAACCCAACUGCCAUGAUGCCCACUGGGAAGGCCACCAAAGGUACUUAGAUAAGAGUAGAAUGCGGGUAAUCUCAAGUCUUCUGGAAGCCAGUGUCCCAGACUGCCAACAGUUAAGUAUUAACGCGAGAGGACACCGCUAAACGACAAACCAUACCCUGAUAAACUGCCCUUAUUGGACUGUCCAGGACUAGACUGCCUUAAAGAAUUUCUCUUAAGGAUCCUAAAGCAGGGGAGGCGUGACAAGGCUGGCUAAGUUCAGUGCCCUGCUGCUUUUUUUACCAAGCAAGUGAUGACAAAUUAUAUGUUUUGCCAUAAGUGAUACGGUUAAUGCAACACUCGGGUUGCGUAGGGAAUUCUGAAAGACAAGAAGGUUAAAAACACAGCAGCGGGAGACUGAACGUUAGCCAAGAGAAAGAUUUUUCUUUUAUCUGAUCAAAUGUGAGAGAUGGAGCCUUUGUGUUAGAAAAGUGGCAAGUUAAGUCAGGAGAAAAAAGAAGACAGAGAGUAUAACAAUAAAAUAAAAUGAAAACAGGUAUUAGCCAGUAAAACUGUGACUGAGACUUUAAAUAAAAGCUGCACUGAUGAGGAAAGCAAAUGGAAAGAGAAAGGGACAUUCGCCAAGCUUCCUUUCGGUCAUCCAGUCUCUUGGACUGCUUUUACUCAUGUGUUUAUGUCUUUGGUUUAUGGGCCACUGUGUAAAUUUUUAGUCAAGACUGUGCUGUCAUGAAUAAAUAAACAUUAUGAUGAUGCAA